UUGACCUGGCUGAAGAGGGCUUACCUAUAUGUGUCAAAGUUAAACUGUGGGGAAACAUACCACAUAAUAUCCUGGCUCGCUCCUGACCUGGCACUGAAGCCAAACUCCUGGAUUUGGAUACAAAAAGAACCGGGUAUGUCCAGCACACUCCCAAUAUUCCUGACAGGGCUCUGCUUCCUGCUGCUCAAACCCACCUGCUGCAGUGGCAGCAGCAUUCUGGUGGUGCCCGUUGACGGCAGCCAUUGGAUCAACAUGGAGGUGAUUCUGCGAGAGCUGCACUCCAGAGGCCACAACAUCACUGUGCUGCGCUCCGCCCACAGCUGGUACAUUCCCAGUAACUCUUCCUUUUAUACUGCUAUUAACGUGAGCAUGCUGGAGGAUGAGACAAACAAGGACUUCUACAAUGACAUGCUACGAAAUGUUGCGGAGUGCCGCAGGUCGCUGACGUUCAUACGCAGCUUCUGCCAGCAGCACUUGCUCACAUCCAUGUUGGCAAAUGGCCAUAAGAUCCUUGCCAGAUCAGCUGCUACGAUGUUAGAUGACAAUGUUUUCAUGAAGAAGCUGCAGGACAGCAAGUUUGACUUAAUGUUAACGGACCCUGCUCUGACUUUAGGAGUCAUUCUGGGUAGUUACCUCAAGUUGCCGAUGGUUUUUAAUGUGCGCUGGAUUAAUAACGGAGAAGGCCACUUUGCCGUUGCUCCCUCUCCAGUCUCCUAUGUCCCUGUGUCAGGAAGUGAACUUCAUGAUCAGAUGGACUUUCAGGAAAGGACCAAGAAUAUGUUGCAUUAUCUCUAUAGUGUUGUUGAACAGGACUUUAUCAUCAACCCUAUGUACUCAGAUCUGCUCCAGCGCCACUUCCCUCCUGGAACCGACUUGCUGUCUUUGGAGCGUUCAGCUGACAUCUGGCUGUUGAGGGCAGAUUUUGUCUUUGAGUUCCCUCGUCCUACCAUGCCCAAUGUGGUCUACAUUGGGGGCUUCCAGUGCAAAAUGUCCAGACCCCUCCCUGCUGAGCUGGAGGCAUUCAUGCAGAGCUCGGGGGAGCAUGGGGUGGUUGUCAUGUCUUUGGGUACGAUCGUGUCAGCCCUGCCUCGUGAUACCACAGAGGCCAUGGCUGCUGCUUUUGCUCAGCUCCCUCAGAAGGUGGUGUGGAGGUUUUCGGGAAAAGAGCCUUCAUCCCUGGGCAACAACACCCUGCUGGUGAAGUGGCUGCCUCAGAACGAUAUCCUGGGACACCCCAAAACUCGCGCCUUCGUGGCCCACGGAGGCACCAACGGCAUGUAUGAGGCCAUCUACCAUGGUGUUCCUGUUCUUGGCCUGCCGCUCCUCUUUGACCAGUUUGACAACGUACUACGGCUGAAGGUUCGUGGAGCAGCUCGUGUGGUCGAGGUCAAAUCACUCACCAAAGAAAACUUCCUUGAGGCUCUAAAGGACAUCCUGGAGACUCCCUCAUAUCGAAACAACAUCAAGCAUCUCUCCGAGUUACACCGCGACCGGCCAAUGUCUCCUAUGGACACCGCUAUCUUUUGGAUUGAAUACGUCAUUAGGAACAAAGGAGCAGCCCAUCUGCAGCCAGCAAGUUUUAGUCUGCCGUGGUAUUCCUACUUUUGCCUGGAUGUGGCUGUUUUAAUCAUGGCCCUCGUUGGAGCCCUUGUCUGGGCUUCAGUCUUGGUCUGUAGGGUUCUCUGCUGCCGGAGGUUCAGGAGCAAGAUAAAAGCAGAGUGAUUCAUUCAAACAUAACUCAAGCAUCCACAAAUAGUUAAACUGCAGCUGACACAUUUUAGCUUAAUAGUUUAAAGAUGUUUUCAGAAAAUAAAGAUAUUCAAGUGUA